UGUUCCACACCACUUCCAGUUCCAGCCGCCUCUCACAGCGUCACGCUCUCCCUCUCUCUGUCUCUGUCGGCUCAGAGAACACGGCUGCCGUGACUCUGUUGCACGGCACAGUCUCUCACUCACAGGCCACAGUCCGUGACUCCAUCAUCUCCGGCUCGGAACUCCCUCUCUCUGUCUCUCCGUCGUCUCCAGGUCUUACUCUCACGUAGCAGCGCUGCUCUCCCUCUCUCUCUCGGUCUAUCCGUCGUUUGAUUCAAUACUUUCCGUUUGAUUCGAAAAUCCCGUAACAAACUGAAAAUAUUGCAAAAUCCUAACACAACGCUCUAAUGGCCGCUAACGAAGAGAAAGAGAAAGAGGAGGAAGAAGUAGAAGAGGAAGAAAAGCUUUGGUCAUUAGACUCGGAAGUAGGAGAGGCGUUGGAUUGGUUGGACUCCAAGGAUGACUACGAAGCUGUGGAGGGGAGUUUCACACUCAACUCGAGGCGUCCCAACGCUCAUGGUGGGAUGCACUCUCUCUCAAAUACAUUGACGCUUCAACCGCUCUCAAAUCGUAACCAGAGGUUUGCCAAUCCGAAUGCGAUUGGCAUUCGAGCUUCGCCUUUGGAGGAGUGGGAGGGGAGGUUGAAUGUAAGAAUGUCAAACUCUGUGAUGGCUGCAAUUUGUGAAAGUGUUCGAGAGAUGGCCAUUGGUAAAACUAAAACUACUGAUAAAGCAGACCGUGCGACUGUUGAGCAGGCCAUUGAUCCAAGAACUCGCAUGGCUUUAUUUAAGAUGUUGAAUCGAGGUGUAUUUCAUGAUAUUAAUGGCUGUAUUUCAACUGGAAAAGAAGCAAAUGUCUAUCAUGCAACCAGAUCUGAUGGUCAGGAGCUGGCAAUCAAAAUAUAUAAAACUUCUAUUCUGGUAUUUAAGGACAGAGAUCGUUAUGUCGAAGGUGACAUCCGUUACAAAAAUGGAUACUGCAGGCAUAAUCCCAGGAAAAUGGUGAAAACAUGGGCUGAGAAAGAGAUGAGGAACCUUAUGAGGGUGAAGGCAGCGGGAAUUAGGUGCCCCACUCCAAUUCUUUUGAGACUUCAUGUUCUGGUCAUGGAAUUCAUAGGGAAAGCAGGUUGGGCCGCACCUCGACUUAAGGAUGCUGCCUUAUCGCUUGACAGGUUACGUGAAGGUUAUAUGGAGAUGAUUAUUGCAAUGCGGACAUUAUAUCAGAAGUGUAAACUGGUGCAUGGAGAUCUCAGUGAAUAUAACGUACUUUAUUUUGAGGGUCACUUGUAUAUUAUAGAUGUCUCUCAGUCGGUUGAUCUUGAUCACCCUCAUGCCCUUGAAUUCCUACGUCAAGAUUGUGUCCAUAUUUAUGAUUUCUUUAGAAAACAUGGUGUAGCUGUUAUGACGAAACGCGAACUCUUUGAUUUUAUAGUUGAUCCUUCUAUUGCUGAGGAGGCUGUGGACAGUUAUCUGGAAGAGGUGCAACAAAAAAUUUUGGCCAGAGGAGACAUAUCUGUGGAGGAUGAAAUUGCAGACCAUGUGUUUGUGCAGUCAUUCAUCCCAAAGACGCUAGAACAUGUGAAGAAUGUCGAGGAGGAUGUACAAAGGAUAACCAGCGGCCAGGACACUAAAGAUAUGUAUUACCAGACUAUCACAGGACUGAAGGACGUUCUUUCAAGAGCUCAGCAGUCUCCAGCUGAACAGCCAGUAGACCCUUCUGAUGGGUCAUCUAUUAAUCCAGCUGCUCAUUCUAAUCCUUCUGAGAAUAUAACGGAGUCUCAAGCAGUCGAAGACGAAGAGAACUCAAGCGAUUCCGAAGUGAGUUUCUUCUCAUCUCAAUCUGAAGCAGAAACUCUCGCAGAUAAGAAAGCUGCUAGAAAAGAGAACAAAAAGAAAGUCAAGGAGGAGAAGAGGGAGGCUCGCCGGAAUAAAGUAAACAAGGCUGUGAAAAAAAGAAGGAAGAAGCUGUCCAAAGCUCACAAGACUAGAUAGCUUGCUUGUAGUGCAACUAUGAAGCCAAGUUUAUUUAUUAGAUAAAUUUUGCAACCAUUUUUAGUUUCGGGAAAAAGAAACAAUUUUGGCACUCAAGUGUGAUCAUGUAGUUUUUCCUUCCGCCCAUUUUAUCUUUUUUUAAUUUGUUUAGUAAUUAGAGUUUUGUAGUUAGCAUGGCCCUGAAGAUAUGAAGGGCUAAAUUAAUCUCAAUUUAAGGUAUUGUUGCUUUUCAUUCGGACUUCAUGGAUGGUGAACAGUUUUUUUGUAUAUGAAGAUUGAAAUUUCUUAGAUAUAUAAUUCUUGUACAACUUGUUGA